GCGGGCGUGUUUGUGGUGGCAGCAGCGGGGAACGAAGGCAUGGCACCGGGGGCAGCACAUGAGUGCAGUUGGCGUUCCGCGGGAGUGGCAAGCCAAGGUCACGCUGGGCGACGGGAAGUGGUACACGGGGAUCACACAGCAAGGGGGCGACCUCAGGACCACCACCAACCUCCCUCUUGUUGAUGCCAAGAUGGCUGGCACGCCCAAGGCUCUGCCCCAGGAGGCGGAGCAGUGCAGAAUGGGUACCCUAGACCCAGCCAAGGUCAUUGGAGCCGCAGUGCUGUGCUGGCACGGCGGCGUGUCAUUGGAGGAGAAGGCGCUGACAGUGCAGACAGCUGGCGGCAAGGCGGUGCUGCUGGUGGUGCAGAGCCCACGGCAGUACGUGCGAUCGGUGACCGGGGCGUUUCCGGGGGUGACUUUUGGCAUGACCAUCUCGCAAGCUUUCAAGGAUUACUUGAAGAACGACUCUAAUACCAAGCCAACGGUGUCAAUCUCCCCCAUACUCUACACCCUCCCCAAGGGCACGCUCGCGCCAGUGAUGGCCUACUUCUCCUCCUCAGGCCCGCCCCUCGACCCCUGGAUCUCCAUGCCCAAGAAUCCCACCGUCACCAACGAAAUCCUCAAACCCGACAUCACCGCCCCCGGCCUCGCCCUCCUCUCCUCUACCAACGCCGGCAACGCCGCUUCCCCCGGUUUCAAGCUCGACAGUGGCACGUCUGCUGCUGCUUCCGUCGCUGCGGGCGUGGCAGCUUUGCUGAUUCAGAAGUACCCCCGGUGGACCCCGGGAAUGGUGAAAUCCGCAAUCAUGACAACUGCUUCGGUGAAGGAUAUGUGGGGGAAGGGGAUUCGCUCGUGGGACUGGACGUAUGCCUCCCCGUGGCAGUUCGGCUCCGGGCAUAUUACCCCGGGAAAAUCGAUAAAUCCGGGGCUAGUUUACGACGUCCGGGCGACAAACUACAUUAAUUUCCUCGCGGGAUUGGACGAGAAAAAGGCCAAGGCGGCUUUUCCGGCAGCGGCGUUCUCCCCUAUCGAGACGUACAAUCUGAACCAGCCGAAUAUUGCGAUAGGCAGGAUAAAAAAAACUCUGAACGUGACGCGGUGGGUUACGAACGUGGAGUUUAAAACGUCGACGUAUAAGCUCUACCUGGUGAAGCCCGAUGGGGUGAGCGUGUCGGUGACUCCGUCGAAGCUGACUCUGAGGCCCGGGCAGCGGGCGGCGUAUAAUGUGACGAUUGUUCCGAAGGCGAUUCAGAAGAACUUUACGUUCGGGAGCAUCACGUGGAAGGAUGGUGUUCAUGAGCGUGGUGGCCGUGGUGCAGCCGAUUGUGAAGAAAUUGUCAUGAGGGCCCGUUGGUUGGAGGGGAAGUUCUCAAGGGAGGGCCCGUUGGUUGGAGGGGAAGUUCUCAAGGGAGGGCCCGAUGGGGAAGGCCGGCGGGCCAUGAGGUGCAGUGCGUGCUGGCCGUGCAAGGUGAGGGAUGCGGAUGAGGUGCAGUGCGUGCUGGCCGUGCAAGCAUUCCUGGAUCCCCCUUUCCUCGCUUGCACCCGCACAUCCACCCAAACCCCAGAAGUUUCCCCCCUCUCGUGGUCCCUAUUUCCCCCCAAUCCCCAUUUUCCCCCUCCCUUUGCCCCUUUUCACUCCGCCCCUACAACGCGUAUCGUGGCGAAGGAAGCGGUAAGAGUUGACUCGAUAGUGGAGGAUCUUCAGGAGCAGCUUCGCCGGGCGCAAAACGAAGCUUCCGCCGCGCAAGACGAGUGCGCGGAGUUGCGCCGCGGGCUCCAGUCCGCCUGGGAAGACGUGCGGGAGCUUGAGGGAAAGUUUGAGGGGCAGCGGCGGGAACUGGAGGCGCAACGGCGGGAUGCGGAGGCGGAGCGGCGGGAGAAUGAAGCUCGGCGGAAAGUGCACCUUGAGGCGCAGGAGCGGGAGCUUCAGGAGCGGUGGCAGGCGGAGAUGCGCCAGCAGCGGGAGCAGUGGCAAGCGCAGCUGCAAUCGGCGCAAGAUGAUGCGCGGAUGCUCCGCGCGGAGAACGACGCCCUCCGGGGAGGGGCGGAGCUUUCCCGGGAAAGGUUGGGCUCCGCUCUGGCGGAAAGCCGCGAGUUGGAAGACGGGCUGCGCGCAGCGGAGGCGGAGAGGCGGAAGGCGGAGGAAAGUUUUAAAGCAACGAAUGCGCAGAUGGUGGAGUUGCGCGCAAGUGCGGAAGAGAUGCGCGCGCGGCUGGUGAAGGAGCAGGAACGCGCGGCGGACUUGGCGCUUGAGAACGGGAGGCUGCGCGGGGAGGUGCGCCAGUUGGCAAGCGCAAACGCGGAGCUCCGGCCGCUGGAGGAGGCGGCGCAGGCGGCGCAGGCGGAGCUGCGGAGAGCGCUGGAGGAAUGCGCGGAACAGCGGGAGCAGGUCCGCGCGCUGGCCGCCAAAGGCGCGCAAACUCAGAAAGAGCUGGCGGAAGCGCGGGAGGAGAACGCGGAGCUUCUGGGGGAGCUGGCGGAAGCUAAGGGGAGAAACGAGGGCCUGCAGAAGCGGCUGGACGCUGCGGCUCUCUCGCGCGGAGGCGGAGGCGGCGGAACGGGCGCGGAUAGCCUCCGUGUGGGCGGAACGGCGGGAGAUGGGGACGCGGCGCAGGCGCUGAAAGCGGAGCUUGCGGUGGUGGUCAGGAGAAACGAACAGAUGAGGAGAGAUCUGGAGCUUGCCUGUAGGGAGAUCAGGCACUGGCAACGGCAAGCCGAGUCGCAGGUGAAAACGCAGGAGGGCGGGGCGGAGAGGAAGGAGGGUGAAGCCUGCAGCUGCGGCGGGUUCGGCGGCAGUAGCCCGGCCAGCAACGCCUCCCCCAGGCUGGCUCGGCCCGGAGCAACCAGGCUCGGCAACCUACGCAGCCCCGGCGGCGGUUCGGUCGUAGGCUCGGAGGUGGGAAGCCCGGCGGCAGGCGGCGGUGUUGGUGAAGGGGCUACUGGGGGAGGUUUAUCUGGGGGUAAGGGCCCCAUGGAUUCGCUUCUAGUGCUGCUGCGGCAGGAGAACGAGCGGUUGCGAAAGUCGCUCAAAGAAGCAGAGGCGCGAAUAGAGGCUCUUAACGCGGAUGUCGUGACGGCGGAGGCAGCAUUGGCAGCAGCCCAGUCAGCAAGAGACGCUGCUGAGUCAGCGAGAGUGGCUGCUGAGUCAGCGAAGGAGGUUGCCGAGGCGGGGAAGAAGGUGGCGGAAGAGGGGAGGUUUCAGGCGGAAGAGGGGCGGCGGAAGGCGGAGGAAGGGAGGAGGCGGGCGGAAGAAAGGGUGGUGGUGGAAGGGAACAGUAACGGUCAGCUUAUAGAGCAACUCAAUAAGGAGAACCGCGGGCUGAAGACGCUCGUCCGCUUCUUGCAGACGAUGCUGGUGAAGCAGGAGGAGGAGGCGUCUCUGAUCAAACGAGAACUGGAGGAGCUGCGACGACAAGGAGGGGUACGCGCUGGGGCAGGAGGAGGCGCAGGGGCAGGGGUGGGGGCAGGGGCAGGGGUACAGGAAGUUACGCCUCUUAACAGCCCUGCCAAGCCUGGCUCGGAGGCUCGGGCGCGGAAGCAGGCGGAGGAAGCCGCCAAGGCAGCUGGUUCGGGAGCUGCCGAGGCUGCACGGGCCGAAGCAGCAGCAGGAGCUGCGGAAGCGGAAUGGGUGCAGAUGCGGGCGCGGAUUGAGAUUUUGGAGAGGGAAUUGUGGGUUACAGAGGAGAGGCUGCGUCGAACGGAGGAGAAGGCAGCAAGGUUAGAGAGCGAGCUUGAGAGGUCCCAAUCCGAAGCUGCUGCUGCCCGAGCCAGGGCUGAUGCUGGCCAGAUCGCCAAAGCUGAGGCUCGGGCAGCAGAAGCCGAGGCUCGGGCAAGGGAAGCCGAGGCUCGGAUAACGGACCUGGAGGCUCGGCACGAGGAGCUGACGCUUCAGUUACGAGCAGCGAAGGCCCGGACGGAAAAGCUGAGCAUGCGGGUGGUGCAUGCGGCACACGGCGACAAACGCCACGCGGAAGAAUCAGCCGCGUUUGCCGAGGCGAAGCAGAAAACGCUGAUUCAGCUGGCUGAAGAGGUGGAAGCGCUGAGAGAUGAAGCGCGGGAGGCGAGAGCUGCAGCCAAGGCAAGGGAGAGGGAGGCUGCGAGGAGCAGAGAGGAGCUGGCGAAGGUGAAGCGGUGGAUGGCUGGAAGGGCUGGGAGAGGGAGGGCGGCAGCUGGGGGGGAGAAUGUAUGGGGAGGGGGGGGUGGUGCUGGGGGUAGUGGAGGGGGUGGGGGGAUGGGAGUGGGCGGAGAGGGGAGUUCGUUAGGGGGAAAUGGGCAAGGGGAAGGGGGGAAUGUUGGGGUUGUGGUAGGAGGGGGGGUUAGUGGAGGAGGUGGUGGUGGGGUAGGUAGGGAUGGUGGGAAUGGGAGUGGUGAGGAGGACGGGGGUAGCCCUAGUGGACUGUGGGAGGGCCAUCAGCAGGAUCUGCGGUUUGGAGAGAUGCUCUCGUGGCCGUUCGAUCUUGUGCUGCCGUCGAAAUUCCUUGGUAGUGGGUAUCAAAAUCCCUGA